GCCAAUUCCGACUAGGGAGCGCGAGGCAGGCAGCGGGGUACACUGGAGUAUGUGGGAGAUGCGGAAAGAGGAUGCGUUAUGUUUUAUGUGAAAUAAAUAAGAAAUACAUGUCGUUUAAAUAACCGCAUACUAUUUUGGUUCGUUGUUGGGGCAUUCUCGCAACCUGUACCGUUGUUUUACCGUAGAAUAUCGCAAACUAGAGGAGCCCCGGCUUAGUGGUUGGGAUGUUGGCGGCGGAAAACCACCCAUCUGUGGACGGACAUCUGGCAGCAUCGACUCCCCGCAGAAGAGGCAUGGAUCGUAAGUCAAGUAAGAAUGCUAACAAGAAACUUAUCCAAGCUCGUCUACCGUUCAAGCGCCUGAACCCUGAACCUAAAGAGAACCAGCUGCCUAAACGCCCCUGUGCACAUGCCUGCCCUGAAUCAGGAGUCUCAGACAGGGAGAAUGAGUCCUCUGCACUCCCUGUUCACAAUGGACCACCCUUGGUUAAUGGUCGCGGUCCCCUUGAUGGUUUCCUGAGCCGUAGGCGCCCUGUCCCCUCAGAUAAGAACAUGGUUAUAGAUCUGACUGAGGACAACACUUCGUCUCCCGCAAAGGGCAUUGUGUCACCUACUCCCGCCUCUCCCUGUCUCCUAACAAAAGACAAACAUCAGGGCAAAGACAAAACUGCAUCUUUUGGGAAAUCCAGCAACGUUGAUCACACUCCUAAAACAGACACUUCAGACUGCACAGUAGAAAGCGAAGAUGAGGAUGAGGAAGAAGAUGGUAAUCAGACGGCAUCUAUUUCACAGCUUGAUACAACGCAGGAUUCUGAAAGUGAGCCAGAGGAGCAGGAUGAGUCAGAGAACGUUUCCAGUUUAGGAAACAGGUCUAUGCUGUCAGCUUCAUCUGUCAGCUCCACAUCUGAAAGCUCACCAGAGAUGCCCAAGACUGAUGACCCUACACCCACUAGUACACCUACAGAGCCAAAGACCACCCCCAAGAUACCAUCAGAUCAGAAACAGAUCAAAAGACGCUCCUUGAAGAGUUUACAAGAACAAGAGGAGAGACUUCUGCUGCAACGGGAGAAAGAACGGCAGAAGGAAGAGGCCAAAGCUGCAAAAGAGAAAAAGAAAGAAGAGGCCCGCAGACUAAAGGAUGAGCGAGAAAGGGAAAAACGAGAGAAGAAAGAAAAAGAUGAGCGAGAGAAACGAGAGAAAAAAGAGAAGGAGGAGAAGGAAAAGGCAGACAGGUUAAAAGCAAAAGAGGAGCUAAGGAAAUCAAAGCUAGAGGCAAAGCUUGAAGAAAAGCGGAAAAAAGAAGAGGAGAAGCAAAUUAAGGAAGAAGAAAAACGGUUGAAAGAAGAGAAGGAUCGCCUCAAAGCUGAGAAAGCUGAAAUUACACGUUUUCUGCAGAAACCCAAGAUCCAACAGGCUCCAAAGACACUUGCAGCUGCAUGUGGGAAGUUUGCACCAUUUGAGAUAAAAGAACACAUGGCUCUGGCACCACUAUGUCGCGUUCAGUGUGAGGACUCUGUUCUGGAGGAACUGGACCGUUUUUUGUUGAACCCUGGGGAUAACUUGAAUGGACUUAAAGACUGGAUCAGUCGGGGACCCCGCAGCUCAGGACCCACCAAACCCAGAAAGACAAACUCACUCAGUGAGUGUAUAACAGUAGAAGGGCCACCAGAUGGUGUGCCAGAUCGUAAACGUUAUGGAUCCAUGAAGCUUCUGCAGUUCCAUGCAAACUACCGUCCAGCCUACUGGGGCACCUGGAGUAAGAAGAGUUUACACAUUUCACCUCGCUGCCCCAUCAGACAAGACAAGGAUUUGUUCGACUAUGAGGUGGACAGUGAUGAAGAAUGGGAGGAAGAAGAACCAGGAGAAUCCCUGUCACAUAGUGAAGGGGAAGAUGAGGAGGAAGGAGGUGAAGAUGAUGAUGAUGAUGACGGCUUCUUUGUUCCUCAUGGCUACCUUUCAGAUGAUGAGGGGGCUCUAGAAGAAGAGGAGGGUGGUGACCUGGAGAAGCAGAAACUACGUCAGAAAGUGAAAGCAAGGGAGUGGGAUGAGCUGAUGUCCACCAAGAAGAAGAUGAAGGUGCUGGACCCAAUGGUGAGGGGCUGCGUCUGGGAGGGAGAAGGACCUGGUUUGCAGCUCUUCCAGCCUUUUGCUCUGUGUCUGGUCGAGCCUUUACCCAAGGCAGACACCAGCCCCAGCCCAGAGGAGCUUUCACGGAAGAGUCAGAGAGAAGCACAAUUACUUGGCCAGCUUCUGCCUCUGCUGCACGGUAACCUCAACAGCAGCAAAGUGAUCAUCACAGAGUUUCAGGAGUUCUGUCGUCAGCAGACCUCCUCCUCAUCAACCGCUCCUGAACUGUCCAGCCCCCAGAGCCCAGCAGAAAACACCCCCACCAGAAUACAGGUCAAGCGCCUUAUAAAGAGCAAUGCUGUUUAUGAGAAGCGAUCAACCUACAGACGCUGCUGCUGGUAUGUGCACACAGAGGUCCUGUCCCGUUUUGGGCAGGAGGCUCUUCCCGUGCCCUGCCAGUGGACCUACCUCACCACAGGAGCUCGAGAAGAGUCCCGUGAAGAACCCCAGGCAGCCACAGGCUCUCAGGGAAACUCUCCCACUACACCACAGACCUCCUCCACCACGUCUUCAUCCUCCAACAAAAGAAAGAGCACAGGCAGCAUGUCAAUCACCAAGUUCAUGAAGAGAUGUACUGACCCUGAGCAGAUGGAAGCAACAGAGGCAGACGGUUUUCAAGCUGACACUGAGGAAGACGACGAGGAAGACUGUGUCAUCAUUGCCACACAGAAUAUCCCAACGAGAAAGAACUCCUCCAGCGAGGGAGACUGUCUGAUGGAGGUCACCCCCUCUGACACAGCUGCUCUCCCCGUGGCCUGCGCUGCUCCUACACUCGCCACUGCCUGAGGACAGGAUAGGCCGUCUCCUCUCACCAAGCUACUCCGUUAUCCUCCUACAUAUCUCCUUCCUGAUUCUGAACUCUACUGUGUCCAAGACAGAAUCAAGUCUUUAAUCAAGAUGGAGCAGCAAAGCAGCACACUCUGGUACAGGCAACUCACAGCUGGUGGCCUCUGCUCAGUAUUAAGAGUUCCCUCUCACCUUUUUUUUUUUUUUUUUUUUUUUAAUUAUAUAUAAAGGAGUCAUGAGUCAUCUUGCCUGUAAAAUGUUGUGCAAUGAGGAGUGUCUGACUUGAUUAUUGAGGGCAGUUUUGUCCAUUGUUAAUUAACUAUCCGUCUGAUUGAUUUUUGCAUUGAAGUUUCAGUCAGGUGUGUUCAGCAUGGGUCUCUUUAAAGUCUCUCAGCUGAUUGGGUUGAACAGAGGGAGCGAGAGCAGCAUUGAAAUGCCCAAUGUUCAUGAGAAGAAGCAUCCAAGACAUCAAAAACAGCAUUAUUUACGGUUCUUGAAAUGUUGAAUAUAUGACAUUAUUGGAUAUCUUCUAGUCUAAAUGUAUAUAGUUCACCAGAAUUAAGAGUAAGGAAAUGAGAGGCUGAAGUCAUCUGUACAUUUCCCUUUGAUUUCAAUAGGUGCAUUUAUUCUGCAAUUUCUAACUUGGACAACUCACUGGAGUAGUUGCUAGAUCUGUACUUGUACAGUUAGGUCCACUGUCACAAUGUUUUAUAAAUAUGUAUUUUCUGUAUUAUUUUUUUUCAAGAAUACUUGAACAGGAUAAAUUCAUUAAACAUGAAUAAAAGUAUCGCACUUUUAUAUUCCACUCAUUCCUCCUACUAUUUAAGAAUAUAGGAGAUGCUGUAGUGCCUAAGGUGAAAACAGUGACUGCAGGUGUAAUAAGGUCGUUUUUGUUUCUUACCCCAAUCGAAGACUGUCCAACAAGAAGUAUUCAACCCAUGAAGUCAAUAUUUAGUAAAGGCAUCUUGCAAUUUUGGCAAUUUGACAUUUGGUACUAAUUAAAGGGAAGAUUUGUUUUUUUUGUUUUUUCCUUGAAAGAGCUGCUCAAGUGAUUUGGGAUGUGAAAGGUUGGCUUUUUAUUUUAAUUUUUAAAGGUCCUGUGACAAAUCUUGAUGGGUUUGCUGGAUUACUGCUCCAGGACAAUGGACCUUUCUCACAGCAGACAUUUUGACUUGUCAUAGUAGGAAAAGCACGGCUGAGAUUGAUAACCUUAACGAUGGCUCAGUUCCAUCAGGUGUCCCAGUAAAAUAUUUCAGAGAGUCAGCGUGCACAAUACCAGGGCCUCUAAGUGGAAUGCAGCCAUCGUUAAUGGGUUUGAAUACACCUGUGCUUCUCCUAUGACUUGUCACCAUGUCUACCGUGAAAAAGGUCUAUACAAUUGUUUGGAAAACUCCCAUCUCAUGGUUUCCUCUGCAGAAGGUUGUCCUCCAGGAUGAGUGUAUUAUGCUGCAGUGUGGUGGGGCAGGGCCGGCUACACGAAAGCUUUCACACAAAGCAGCCCCCGCUGGGAUCCAUGGUGGAAAAGGUGUAUUCCUGCUGAUCUGUAGAGUAACAACGAACUGCGUUAAGCUUGGAAAAGCUCCAAAAUAGUCUAAUCAUACAGUAGAACCAUUUUCCACUUUAGAAGACUGUUCACGCUUAAUGGCAUGCUGUCAAUUGUGUUCAUUUUCAGAGACCAACUUUUUACUUUUUUUUUUUUUUUUUUUUUUUUUAAGUUGAGUCUUUUUGUGUCGUAUCAAAUGUCAGUCAUGCACUGAAACCUCAUGUUUAAUUUGCAGGUGUUGAAAGUCUUGCAUUGUUUAAUAAAACAUUUAAAUACCCUAGAACACAAAACAUCAUUCAGUCAAAGGGCUAUUUGGGGAAGUAAGCAUUGUAUUGGUUCUUGUAUAUUCACUAUGUUGUGUGUUAGUUGUAAAGCAGCUUUCCUUCAGGUAAAGAUUGAAGUGAAACACUGA